ACGUGACGUUUUAUCCAAAUUCGGUAAAUGAUUGUUGAAAUGAACAUAAUUUUAUAACCGUAUAAUAAACAUAGAAAAUAAGUAGACUAAAUUCACAAUGAAUUUCGGUGGUACUUUACGAAUUAACAAAUUCGCCUGUUUCACUUUAGGUUUUAUAUUAUUUCUUAUAAUUUACUGGCGUUCCGGUGGAGCUAGUUAUCCCUCUGAUAAAAAUGACUUAAUAAACAUUAAAUCGCUAUUGGUAGCAGCUAUUCAUGCUGCGGAGAGAGGUGGAAAGAAGGUGAUUGAGGGUAAAAACCACGAGUUAAAUAUAAAAAGCAAAGGUAAGACGCAGGAGGGAGCGAAUGACCCGGUAACAGAUGCUGACUACGCAUCGCACUGCGCUAUGUACUAUAGCCUCAAAAAAACGUUUCCUAAGUUAAAUAUAAUAUCGGAAGAGCAUUCGAAAGACGAUUCGAGCUGUCUCAAUCAAGAGUUAAUUGAUGUUGAGUCCGUUCCAAAAGAACACAAUACGAUUGACUAUAUGAAUGAUGAACACGUAUUUAUUAAGGAUGUAACGGUUUGGAUUGAUCCUCUUGAUGCUACUCAGGAGUAUACAGAGGGUUUAUACCAAUAUGUUACAACAAUGGUGUGUGUAGCCAUCAAUGGAGUGCCGAUUGUUGGUGUCAUUCAUUAUCCAUUCCCAACUCGAACAUACUGGGGCUGGUAUACGAAGAAGGCAUCCAGUAAUAUUCCAAUUGUACAACAUAUGGAAGAAAACAAAGAACAUCCAAGAGUCGUGAUAUCAAGAUCUCACCCGGGUAAAGUUGGGGAUAUCGCAAAGGAAGCAUUCGGUCCAAAAACUGUUGUGACCCAAGCAGCAGGGGCAGGCGAUAAAGUUAUGGGAGUUGUGAAUGGUAGCUUUGACAUAUAUCUACAUGCAACUGCCAUUAAAAAGUGGGAUUUGUGUGCCGGUAACGCUAUAAUUAAGUCUGUUGACGGUAAAAUGACAACGAUCAAAGGGGCAGAUAUCGAUUUCUCACCAAACAGUGGCGUAAAAGUAACAGAUGGUAUCUUAGUAUCGAGAUAUGAUCAUGAUUAUUACUUGAGUAAAUUGCCAAAAUCUUUGACGGCUCCGACGUAAUUAGUCACUGUAAUAAGUUAUUAUAUUAAAUUGUGCAUUAUUUGUAUAGCAGUUUCAAUUUGAAACUGAAUAGGUUAAUUAUACAAUUAUAAACGCCUUUUUCAUGGCAAUAUUAGAAUUGGAAGUAUUUUUCUUAAAUUACAUGUGCAGAACUGUUAA